GUGGCAAUGGCUAAGAUCUUUUUACUGUCGUUUGAAGUGAUCAUGUUUUUCUUCGCCGUCAAUGCUGUCUUUGAGGAUCAAGUCGGGAAAUUCGACUGGAGACAGCAAUAUAUUGGGAAUGUCCGCUUCGCCCAGUUUGAUGCCCACCUGCAGUCAUCCAAAAAAGUGAUUCUAGCAACCGAGAAGAAUGUUUUUGCUGCAGUGAACACCAGGACUGGAGAACUUUUUUGGCGACAUGUGGAUAAGACUGGGCCAGAGGGAAGUAUCAAUGCGCUUCUCCAUCAUGGGCAAGAUGCUGUGCUGGUGGUAGGAAAUGGCCGAAUACUUCGUUCCUGGGAUAUAAAUGUUGGUGGUUUGAAUUGGGAGAUGGUGCUGGACUCUGGCAGUUUCCAGGCAGCAAUUUUAGUUGGGCAGCAGGGCACAGUGAAGCAUGUGGCGGUUAUGAAAAAAACUGCCUUGUCUCUUCAUUACCUUUCUAAUGGUCACCAAAAGUGGAUUGAAAAUCUUCCAGACAGUGAGACAGUGGAUUACCAGUUUGUAUAUUCUGGAGGAACUGGAGAAGUGUAUGUACUGGGAGUCCUGCCUCAUUCCCACAUUGCUAUUGUCACUUACAGUGUGGAGGAUGGAGAGAUAGUCAAGCAGGUUUCAGCCGAAGCGCCUUGGCUGUCAAACAUUCAAGUCAGCUGUGCAAUGGUCGGCAAGGGAAUAUUGACGUGUGUCAACCCUGCCUCUGCCUCUCUCUACACACUGGAUGUUCAUACACAGGCGCAGAUGACUCAAAUACCGCUACAGUCACUGGGACUUGACGUUACACCAGACUUCCAACCAGUGCUGGUGUCCACCCAGCCCAAUCCUUCCCGGCCUCCCCUCUCUGAGUUCUUCCUUCAGCUCAGUCCUGACCAUUACCUGCUGCUCCAGCUCAACAAUGGACAGAUAAUCACACUGAGAGAUUUCAAGCCUGCAACGCUGGCUUCAUUUUCCACCACUGGAGAUAAAACCGUCGCUGCAGUUAUGUCACCGAAGAAUAAUACGGCUUGCAACAUUAACUUGUUCAGUGCUGAAACUGGGCGCAGACUUCUUGACACAACCGUGAAUGUUAAUAUUGAGCCGAAUAGUGGCAAACCAGAGAAGCUGUACGUUCAGACGUUCCUAAAGAAGGACGACUCUGUUGGCUAUAGAGUCAUGGUGCAGACUGAAGACCACAAGCUCAGUUUCAUUCAACAGCCAGGGCGUGUCAUGUGGACCAGAGAAGAGUCCCUUUCGGACGUGGUGACUAUGGAAAUGGUAGAUCUGCCCCUCACAGGAACGCAGGCGGAACUGGAGGGAGAGUUUGGCAAAAAGGCCGCCAUUCAAGAUGGCUUGAUGUCCAUGGUGCUGAAGCGGCUGUCCUCCCAGCUCAUCCUGCUUCAGGCUUGGAUCGCUCACCUCUGGAAGCUCUUCUAUGAUGCGCGCAAACCUCGCAGUCAAGUCAAAAAUGACAUGAGCAUCGAGACGCUGUCCAGAGACGAAUUCAACUUGCAGAAAAUGAUGGUCAUGGUCACUGCGUCUGGCAAGCUCUUCGGCAUUGACAGCAAGACAGGCACUAUUUUAUGGAGGCAUUACCUUGAGAACGUCCCAUCCAAUGCAGCCUUCAAACUCAUGGUGCAACGGACCACUGCUCACUUCCCUCACCCCCCACAGUGCACACUACUUAUCAAAGACAAGGACUCCGGCUUGACCACACUCCAUGUAUUUAACCCCAUCUUUGGGAAGAAGAGCCACGUUGCACCACCAGCCCUUGCUCAGCCGAUACUUCAGUCACUCAUGCUUCCGCUCAUGGACCAGGAUUACGCCAAAGUCUUACUACUUGUAGACAACCAGUACAAGGUAACAGCCUUCCCUUCCACUAAAAAUGUCUUACAACAGCUUCAGGAAAUGGCAUCUUCUAUAUUCUUCUACCUGGUGGACUCAAGCCAGGGGAGACUGUCUGGAUACCGGCUGCGAACGGAUUUGUCCACGGAGCUAAUCUGGGAAGUGGUCGUCCCCACAGAAGUACAGAAAAUUGUCUCGGUCAAAGGGAAAAGGCCAAACGAGCACGUACACUCCCAGGGCCGAGUCAUGGGAGAUCGCAGUGUCCUUUAUAAGUAUCUGAACCCUAAUCUACUGGCGGUGGUGAGCGAGAGCACUGACUCCCACCAAGAGCGAAGCUUUAUCGGCAUCUUGCUGAUCGACGGCGUGACCGGUCGUAUCAUCCACGAAGCGGUUCAGAGGAAGGCCAGAGGCCCGGUCCACGUUGUCCACUCUGAAAACUGGGUGGUGUACGAAUACUGGAGCACCAAGUCUCGUAGGAAUGAGUUUUCGGUGAUUGAACUGUAUGAAGGGACGGAGUUGUACAACAGCACCGUGUUCAGCUCUCUGGAUCGGCCGCACGCCCCUCAAGUUUUGCAGCAGUCUUAUAUUUUCCCUUCAUCCAUCUCCACCUUGGAAGCCACGCUGACCGAGAAGGGCAUCACCAGCCGCCACCUGCUCAUUGGUCUGCCGUCAGGUGGCAUUUUAUCACUGCCCAAAAUGUUCCUUGACCCCCGAAGGCCUGAAAUAAUAUCCGAGCAGAGCCGGGAAGAGAAUCUGAUCCCAUACGCUCCAGAGUUAAUCAUCCGCACGGAGUGGUUCGUCAACUACAAUCAAACGGUAUCAAGAGUGCGAGGAAUUUACACUGCCCCCUCUGGACUGGAGUCCACAUGUCUGGUAGUGGCGUAUGGUCUUGACAUCUACCAGACGCGCGUCUAUCCCUCCAAACAAUUCGACGUGCUAAAAGACGACUAUGACUACAUGCUAAUCAGCAGUGUGCUCUUUGCUCUCUUCUUCGCCACUAUGAUAAGCAAGCGAUUGGCUGAAGUUAAGCUGCUCAACCGGGCAUGGCGGUAA